GCUGGAUGGCUGACUGAGAGUGUUGGCCAUUUGAUGUGUGGUUGUCAAAGAAAAAAAGGUUCUUCUUUUGUUCGUGGUGUGUUCGUUCCUAUCUAACUUCGUUUAUUGUUCGUCGUUGUCUUUUCUUUCUUUCCUUUCAUCAUCAUCACCAUCAUCGUCGGCUACAACGUUGCUCUUACUGUCGUUGUUGCUGCCUUUGCCCGCAUCGCCUCGUCGUGUAUAUUCAUUCUUGUUGCCGUUUGUGUGCGUUUUCCGUUUAUCUUUGUCGGGCCGUUGUGACUUCAGUUCGCGAUGGAACUUUGAACAUUACGGUUCAUGGGAAAAUUAUUUGUUUGAUUAUCCGCCAGAAAGUAAAGAAAAAACAACAACCACAACAACAACAAUUUUUUUGAAAACAAACCGCACACAUUUUAUUCUCGCGUUAUAAUCAAAAUUUCGCGCAUAGCUAGCUACCUAGGCUAAUCUAAACACAAACAAACACGGUGAAUCAGAAAAUAAUAUUUAUUAUUAUUUUGAAAAAAGCAAGAAAAUGUUAAAAAAAUACAAAUUAUUGUUUUGAAAAAAAAAAAAAUCAUACAAAAUAAAGUGCAAUAAAAUAUUUCCAAAUCCAAAGAAGAAUUUAUUUGUGUUAAAAGAAAAUAUUGUUUUCCCCUCAAAAAAAAAAUAAAAAAGAAAAAAAAUAUUUUUUUGUGAGUAAAGAAAAUUUUGUGCCUAAAUUUGAUGUAAACAACAAAAAUAAAAUAUUCAACUAAACCAAGUUUAAGAAAAUUUUUGAAAAAAAGAAAAUAAUUAAAGAAAAAUUAUACAAAUCACCCCGGCAGUCUUCUUCGUUGCAUAAAAAUCCUGGUUUUUGCAAAAAAAAAAAAAAAUAAAAUAAUUUAAGCUACGCCUAAAAGUAGUCUAAUUUGCAUUAUAACGCCUCAAAGUAUGCUUUAGAUUUUUGUGAAAUAAAAAUUAAUUUCAAAUUUAAAUAUUGAAAAAGAUAGAAAGUAAACAAACCUUAAAUCUAGCUUUUAUGAGUUUUAAGCGCCCAAAAGUAUGCUUUAAUUUUGCAAAAUUUUAAAAAAUUGCCUAGAAAACCGGUUUCAAGUGAGACUUUGUACUGUGAACCUAUAACGAGAUUUUCCAAUUUUGGAACGCACAAAGAACGCACAAAAUUAGUGAAAUUUAAAAAAACAAGAAAUUUAAAAACAAAAAUUAAGGAAAAAUUUCCCCCUCGGCCAAAGCCCGGUUAUCUUUUCUGUGUGUGUCUGUGUCCUCACAAAACAAAAGAAAAUAUUAAAAUUUAAUUAAAAAAUCCUUGUGUUUGUUAUUUGGACGAGAAACGUGCUCGAAAGCCAGUUCAAAGGAUUUUUCAAAAAACCAAAAAAGAGAAGAUUUUACUCCCGCCAGCCCAACACACAUACACACACCGGGACAAACUACUACUGCUACUACUACUCGUGUUGAUUUUUCACUUCAGUGUUUGCAUUGUAUCCGACGACGUGUCACAUUUCCGUACAAUAUAACGUAACGAGAUUCCAAAAAGGAACAACUACAACAACAAUUGCAAAAAAAGUCGUAAAAAAAAGACUCAUCUUUUCACAUCCAUAUUAUCCUGGCACAAAAGGAUAACAGCCAAGUUGAAAUACAAACAAAUGGAAAUUGGAUUAAAAUCCGAUUAUAACACCCACAGCAAAAACAACAACAACAAUUUACAGAAAAAAAAUUACAACAAAUAUUGAAUUAAAAAUAAAAAGAAGAGAGGAUAAAAAUAAAAUUCAAAGCAAAAAGAAAGCAUAUAAGAAAAAAAAUUAAGUAGUAAAUUUAAUUUUGAAAAAAAAAAUAUUUAUCACAACUCAUUGCAAAUAGAAAAUAAAAAUAAAAAACCAAAUAUUACAAAUCGUGACAAAAUCCCAUAACAAAAAACUUACUCUUCUUCCAAUUGUGAAUUUUUGUCUCCUCAAUAAAUUGAAAUUGUGACACGUUUUUUCUUUGUUAUUAUAUUUUUGUUGUUUUUUCGCAAUAAUAACAACAAAACCAAAAUAAACUUAAAAAAGUAAAUAAAAAAAACCAAAACAACUAUCACACACACAUCAUGGUGGUUUUAGAAACAACCAGCGCCCUAUUGGGCGGUCCGUAUGCUCAAGGAGCACCGGCAUUAAAAUUAGUACAAAAACGCUAUAUUGGAUUACAUCAAUGGCUGGGACCACUUACACGCACCAAGGACCUUAAGGAACAAAUUGUAGGUGACAAUGUAAGUGGCGUCAAUGAUGUGCUGACAAAUGCCCUGAAUCAAAACAAUCAACUUUUCCGCUCACAGAAUCCCGGUCUUGCUGCUGCCACAAAUGCUGCUGCGGCAGCUGCAGCCGCUGCGGCGGCAACCUCUGCUGCCCAGCCUGGAGCACCCAAUGGCACAAUGCAGCCGCAACAAAUGCAAAUGGCUGCUGCCUCACAGCAAUUUUUGGCUGCCCAACAGAAUGCUGCCUAUGCUGCCCAGCAAGCAGCGCCCUAUGUCAUCAAUCCGGGACAGGAUGCAGCACCCUAUAUGGGUUUGAUAGCAGCACAAAUGCCCCAAUACUAUGGUGUGGCACCAUGGGGCAUGUAUCCGGGAAAUUUGAUACCACAACAGGGCACACAGCCACGAAGGCCGUUGACACCCUCACAGCAGGGAGCUGAGAAUCAAUCUUAUCAGGUCAUACCGGCAUUCUUUGAUCAAAGCGGUUCGCUUGUCAUGGGACCACGUACUGGAACACCAAUGCGCCUUGUAAGCCCCGCCCCGGUACUGGUGCCUCCGGGUGCCGCCCGUGCUGGGCCACCACCACAAGGUCCACCCCAAUUGUAUCCACCUCAACCACAGACAGCACAACAGAAUUUGUAUUCACAACAGAAUGGUUCAAGUGUUGGAGGCCUUGCAUUGAACACAUCCUCAUUGACCGGUCGCCGUGAUUCCUUCGAUCGCACCACUUCUGCCUUCAGUCCCUCUGCCAUGGAUUAUACCAACAGUAAUGCCGCCGCUGCCAAUGCUGUUUCAUCGACAGUUGCCCAAGCGGCUGCAGCAGCCGCCGCUGCCGCUGCUGCACGUGGCAAAUGGCCGGGUGCCGUUACCAAUACAUAUGGUGCAUUGGGCGCCACCGCAUCGGCAAGUCCCAUUGGAGCUGCCAUUACACCACCUCCGCCACCACAAUCGUGCCUAAUGAAUAAUCGUGCUCCAGGAGCUGAAUCGAAAUAUCGUCAACAAAUGGCUGUGGGCUUACCGCCAGCUGCUGCCGCUGCCCAGGCGGCUGCAGUGGCUGCUGCCGCCAACAACAUGUUUGGUUCCAAUAGUUCUCUGUUCUCCAAACACUUGGCUAUACCGGGUGCAACACCAGCUGCUGCUGCCGCUGCGGCCGCCGCUGCUGCUGCAGCAGCUGCUACACGUCAGGCGGCUGCCGGUGUGGGUGGUGUGGGAGCUGCUGCUGCUGCGGCCGCCGCAGCUGCUGCAGCCGCCGGAGCUGCUGGUGCCCCGCAACCCGGACGUUCUCGCUUGCUGGAGGAUUUCCGCAAUCAACGUUAUCCCAAUCUCCAAUUGCGUGAUUUGGCCAAUCACAUUGUGGAAUUUUCACAGGACCAACAUGGCUCUCGUUUUAUACAACAAAAACUGGAACGUGCCACAGCCGCUGAGAAACAAAUGGUUUUCAAUGAAAUCCUUGGUGCCGCCUACAGUCUAAUGACCGAUGUCUUUGGCAAUUAUGUCAUCCAGAAAUUCUUUGAAUUCGGCACUCCCGAACAGAAGAACACCCUGGGCAUGCAGGUGAAGGGUCAUGUCUUGCAAUUGGCCCUGCAAAUGUACGGCUGUCGUGUCAUCCAAAAGGCCUUGGAGAGUAUCUCGGCCGAACAGCAACAGGAAAUCGUACGUGAGCUGGAUGGCAAUGUUCUCAAAUGUGUCAAAGAUCAGAAUGGCAAUCAUGUCGUUCAGAAAUGUAUCGAAUGUGUCGAUCCCACAGCAUUGCAAUUCAUCAUCAAUGCCUUCAAGGGACAGGUCUAUUCGCUGAGCACACAUCCCUAUGGCUGUCGUGUGAUACAACGUAUCUUGGAGCACUGCACCGCAGAACAGACUCAGCCCAUAUUGGAUGAGUUGCAUGAGAAUACGGAACAAUUGAUACAGGACCAAUAUGGCAAUUAUGUUAUACAACAUGUUUUGGAACAUGGUAAACCCGAAGACAAAUCGAUUUUGAUUAAUAGCGUACGGGGCAAAGUUUUGGUUUUAUCCCAACACAAAUUCGCUUCCAAUGUGGUGGAGAAAUGUGUCACACAUGCUACACGGGCCGAACGUACAGCCUUGAUUGAUGAAGUCUGUACAUUCAAUGACAACGCCUUACAUGUUAUGAUGAAAGAUCAAUAUGCUAAUUAUGUGGUCCAAAAAAUGAUUGAUGUCUCCGAACCGACACAAUUGAAGAAAUUGAUGAAUAAAAUACGCCCCCACAUGGCUGCAUUGCGUAAAUACACCUAUGGCAAGCACAUCAAUGCCAAAUUGGAGAAAUAUUUCAUGAAGACCUCAAAUCCCAUCACCUCAACAACGGCAGGAGCAGCCGUCGCGGGAACAACAGCCGUAACGGGUGUUGCAACAUCAGCGGUAUCAUCGGCUGCCGCCGGUUUAAAUCAAGCCUCCGGCCUGAGUGCUAUUACAACAACUGCAGCCAUAAAUGCUAGUUCUAUGUCCUCGGUAAAUACCAAUACAACAACUGUGGUUACGGCAAGCAACAACAACAAUGCUGCCGCCGUGCAGGCUUUGGAAAAUGGUAUUAUGGCUGCAGCCUCAUCAAUGGCCCAAUCAAUGGUGGGCGUAUCCUCAGCUUCUUCAGUGUCGACCAGCAGCAGCAGUACAACACAAUUGACAUCGGUUACAGCGGCCAGUAAUUUGGGACCCAUUGGUCCACCCACCACUACCAAUGGGGUAUUGUAAAUUUAAGAAUGACAGGCAACAAAUAUUUUGUAUGUAUUGUGUAGAAGAAGCAAGAAGUGAGGAAAAAAUGGAGGAAAGGAAUUUCCCUUAGAAUGCAAGUGAGAAUUGCAAAUAAGUUUUACUAGAAUAAUAUCAUCUCAAAUUAUUUUGAAAACAGUAACAACAACCACACAACAACUGAAAGGAGUAAAAACUGUUGAUGGCUACCAAUUUCAAAAACGGAGUUCUUUCUUAGUUAUUAAGUGCAUGAGAAAAAGAAAAAACAAGAAAAAGUAAUUAUUGAUCUGACCCAAAGAAAAGAUGGGCCCAGACAAUUUCAACUUAUUUCUGAUCGAUAAAAAUACGCAAGGCAUUCGCUUUGUCCCAGAAAAACCCCUGGCAUCAGAAUUUUUUAUAAACAUAUAUUUUUUUGGGGAGACACUAGAAAUUUUUCCAAAAAAAAAAGAAAAUAAAAAUUGUAUAAAGUAUCAAACAACCAAUCGAUGAAGAAGAAGAAUUAAAAAACUGGAUUUUUUACUAGACUCACACCUUGAACACACACCCAUAAAGAAAAAAAAACCCAACAACACCCCAUGAAUUUAAGUAACUUUGGCCUAAGCUGAGUACUAUAGAGAAAGAAAACAAAAACAUUAAACCUUUAAAAAUAACCAAGUUUUUAAAAAAAAAAUACUUUGAGAGAACACACACACAAAUGUUUAGGUUAGGUUUGUAAUUGUAAUUUUUAUGUUUAUUUUUGUCAUUAGUCCCUCUCUUACUAUUCCUAUUAUUUUUACCAUAACUUUUUUUAUUAUUACUUACUACUAUGAUGAUAAAAAAUGUAAUUUCGAUAUUAGGACCAUACCAUAUUGCGUUUUUUUUUAAUUUUAUAACAUGAAACUGUAACCUCCUUCCUGUAUGUAUGUACGUUUUUUAUGUUGUUCUUUUAAAUUUUGUUUUGUUAUAAAGACGAGAUUUUGAGAUAUCCAAAUAUUUAUAUGUAUGCAAAUUUCAAUUUUUUUGGGUUAAAGAGAGCAUUUAGUUUUCGUUUUUUUGUAAAUUUUUUUCGUUAACAAACGGAGUAUUUUGAUGUAUUAAAUGUAAUAAGUUCCUAAGUGCCGAAAAGGGAAAAUGUUUGAAUCUUCUUUGUGUUUCAUGGAAUAUUGCUAAUUGUGAGCUGGAAAACGAAACUUUAAAACAUCAUCCAAAAAGAUUUGACACUGAACUCAAUAACUUCCCCUCGUAAUUAAAAAAAUAUAUAAAGUCGAUAUGUAAACGCCGAAGUUUCUUUUAUCAAAACAACUCAAUUUUACAUAAGAGAAUUCAAACCUUCAAUGGGAUAUGUCGUAUUUUGUUUUAGACACUUUUUCAAAUUAAACAAAUACCGAUCCGAAUCCGAAAAAUACCGAUUUAUUUUAACAUAAUAAUAAUUUAUUCAAAAUCCUUCCCUUUCUUUUGAAGACUUACAUUCACAACAGGAAAAACCGAAUAAUAUUCUUUAUUUCAAAAAUCUUAUGAAAGUCAUGUAUUGGCUCAGCACUUUUCGAAUUGAUCGAAUUCAAAAUCCCCAACUAAUCAAUAGAAUAUCAAUAUUUUCAACUGUGAAAAUUCAGUCAGGGAAGGUUAUAUUUUUUUGAUAAAACAACAUUCUUGGGCUUUCGUAAAGGUGAUGUAGAUUCCUUGAAAAUUUGUUUCCAUAAUGUCCUAAAAUUUAUAGCCGGCUUUUGUAUAAUAAUUCAAUAGUCAUAUGGAAGAAAUACUUUGGCUUAGAAGUUUUCUAUUUGAUUGAAUUCUAAAUCCCCAACUAAUUAGUAGAAUAUCAAUAUUAUCAAUGUGAAAAUUUGGCCAUAGAAGUUAUAUUUUUGGGAUGAAACAACACUAUUGGGCUUUCGCAAAGCUAGGGUUAAAAAUUUCACAAUGUCCUAAAACUUAUAGUCCGCUUUUGUAUAACAAUGCUAUAGCCAUAUGAAAGACAUACAUUGGCUCAGAACUUUUCGAAUUGAUCGAAUUAGUAGAAUAUCAAGAUUCUCAAUUGUGAAAAUUCAGUCAUGGAAGAUUAUAUUUUUUGGAUUAAGCAAAAUGCUUGGGCUCUCGUAAAGCAAGGGUUACAAAUUUCACAGUGUUCUAAAACUUAUUGCCAGUUUUUGUAUAACAAUUCAGUGUGAAAAGUGAACUCUAACGAUUUGUCAAUUUUUGCAUUUUUAUUUAAUUAAAAAAAAUACUCAUGGAAUUGGUGUUUUUCUUUCGGGUUCACUUUCGUAUUGUCAUUUAGUAACAGGUUUUUAAUUCCCAUGAAAGUUAUAUUUUGUCAUGGAAAGUUAUAUUUUUUAUGAAACAAUAUACUUUGACUUUCGCAAAGCUAGGGUUAUAAGUUUCAUAAUGUUCAAAAACUUAUAGCCAGUUAUCGUAUAACAAUUCGAGAAGUCGAAAGAAAAAACAUACAAUUCUUUAUAGGAUUUUCAAUUUUUGGAUAUUUAUUUAUUUAAAAAAAAUUAGGAAUUUGUGUUUUUCUUUCGGGUUCCCUUUCGUAUCGUCAUUCAAUUUCAAGUCCUUCCCUUAAGGGAGAAUAUAUACUUUCUUCAAUAUUAAUAUUUAGUUUAAAUAAAAAAAUAUUAUCUCUAAAAUAUUAAUCUCAACAACAAUAUCUUAUUCUGAGCCAAAAUGUUGUGCUUUUCAACCAGUUUUUUAUAAAAUUAACUUAAAAACUGUCAUGCCAUUAAAGUUUGUUCUGAUUCGGUACUAAAAAGACCAAAGAAAAAUAGAACUAUUUUCAGUAAAACUCGAAUUUUGAAAAUAAAAAAUAGUCUAUGGUCUAAAUUUAAAUUCUAUUUUAAAUUUUAUAAAUUUAUUGGAAACAACAGAUUUUCAAGUCUAAAAUCUUGUCCUCUGUUAUUAUUGAGGAAAACCCUGAUUGAAAUUACAUUGAGAAUAAACCUUGGGAUCUUCGGUGUCCAAUUUUUGCUUUGAGAUCAGUUUUUUAUUUAUAUAUAUUCAAAAUAAUUCAAAUUUAUUUCCAUGAACGCCCACUACGGCACUUCGUUUAUCUGUAUAUUUAUAAAUAUGUGUACAAAUGUAUUCUAAAACAAGUUUUCAAAAGAAAAUAUCUUUGUAAAGUCUGUGGAUCAAUUAAAAAAAUAUCAAUUACAAGCCUAGUCCCAGGCCCUCGUUGUCCAUAUGAAACUUAUCGUUUAACCUAUAGCAGCCAGCCUGUAUAUUCUAAAAUUAAUGUGUAAAUUUAAAGCCUUCCUUUUAGGCAUUAUACAUAUUUUCCAUUACACUAAAAAAAGCCUUUCCCAAAGGCAUUCGCUACCAUAUUUUCUGUACAAUAUUUAAUUAGUUAUUUGAAAAAUUGUAAAUAAACUAAACUCGAAUUGGUUAUGCUCGCUUUGACUAUCUUUAACCCAAAAAAAAAAAACGAAGAAGAAAAAAACUUAAACCAGAACUGAAACUGAAAAGUAGAAAAUCUCAAAGGUUAUGAAAAUUAAGAUAAAAUCUCUUGUAUUUUUUUCCAUUUUAAUUUUUUUUAUUUUAAUUUCAUUUUUUUUUUUUUUUAAUAAAAUACUGAGUAAAUAAUUUUUUUUGUACGUAAUAAUUCUAGUAGUUUUAGUAAAGGAAAACAAAAACGAGAAGAACAUGCAACUGAAAACGUAAGAGAAUUCCUAAAACAAAACUAUUAAACAGGACUUUAAGUUCAAAUGGAAAUUAAUAUGAGAACACAUUGUCUAAUAGUUUUUUAUCAAUUUAACUUUAUUUCACCACCCUGCCCUCAUAAAAUCUACUAUUAUAUAUGUCAUGCUAAAGAAGAAGAAAAAGAGAACUCUAUGAAUGUAAAACUUGAUUUCUUUAUGUAAAUGUCUACUUUAUAACUACCAUAAUUAUUUUUAAAUUGUAUUAAUUAUUACUUUGUGUUUUAUUGUGUAAGUGUAAAAGUGUAGAUUAUGUUAAUUAUACCUUUUUUUGAAAACAAACAAAACCCAUUAUUUUAAGAAAUUUAAAUCUUACUUAAAUUUAGAAACAAACAACAAACCAAACAUCAACUCUUUAUAUAUUGCAAACUGAGAAAUAAAAAAAUAAAACAAUUGUGUUGAAUGUAUUUGUAUAAAACAAAAUGUGUAAUGUUUAAAAAUAAAAAGAAAAUAUGUAAACUUUUGUGUAAAAAAAAAACAAACAAACAACAACAAAUAAGAAUUUAAAAACUGAAUCAAACCAAGAAAUAAGCGAUAAAGUCAUUUAUGUCAAACAAGAAAAAACAACAAGAAACCCAAAUAAAUUUCCUUUGCAAAAAUGUGAAACCAAAAAACCAUGCCAAUUGACCUGGUGGAUAGGCAUGGUUUUUGGGGUAAAUAUUCAAAAAAUAGUACGACCCAUUAACUAUGAAUUUUAAAAGGUAUACUUUUUAGGAUGUUUACUUUUUGGAAGAAAUCAAAAUAAUGAGAUUUGACGUCAUGUCUAACUAUAACCUUUUAGAUUUCUCAUUUUUUUAUUUUGUCUCAAGUAAUCAUUCCUUAAUGUAUUCCUUUUGAAAUCCUAUUAUUUGGGUCUUCCAAGCUAAUAAAAAUCUGGAAUACUCCAAUAAAAAUGUAUCAGUGUGCGCUAAGAUUUCUGAUUUGAAAUAGUAAAUUUUGGGUUUUCUAAGACCACACAUAACAACGUAUCAUCUACCCAGAUGCAUGGGUAAUUAUAUCAUUGAAACAAACAAUUUUUUGGCAUUUCUUGUGUGUGUGUGCAGGGAAAGGAUAAAGCUAAGCUAGGAAUGACUUUUGAUUGUUUUACAACGUUCAUUAAAAUCUAUAUUCAAAUUGGGCAUUUGCUCAACGGAUUAUUUAAGUUUUUUUUCUCAGAGGUAUCAGGUAUCAGGGUAUCGGACGUUGUUAAGGAAGUGGGAAAUAUUUGAGUUAAUUUUUAAUUCCUCAAAGUUUCCCACAAAUUCCUCCAAUUUCCCCACAAGAUAUAUUUUCUGUCAUUCAACGAAUUAUUAAAGUUAUUUUUUCUAACAGAUACAAGGAUAUCGGACGUUGUUGACAAAGUGGGAAAUAUUUGAGUUAAAUUUUAAUUCCUCCAAGGUCCCCAUAAAUUCUUCAAAGUUUCCUACAAGAUAUAGUCCCUAUCAUUGUAGGCGAAGUAGGAAGUAUUUGAAUUAGGUUUUAAUUCCUCAAAGUUCGCCACAAAUGUCUCAAAGUUCCCUACAAGUUAUAUUUCCUAUCAUUCAACGAAUUAUUUAAGUUAUUUUCUCUAACAGAGACAAGGGCAUCGGACGUUGUUGACGAAGUGGGAAAUAUUUGAAUUAACUUAUAAUUCCUCAAAGUUCCCUACAAGAUAUAUUCCCCAGCAUUGUUGGCGAAGUGGGAAGUAUUAGAAUUAGGUUUUAAUUCCUCAAAGAUCCACAGAAAUUGGCAAUUUUUAUAGGUUUGGUGAUGCUAAUUACAUUAGGGCCCAGUUAUGAAACUCCCGGGAAAAUGUCUCUGGGAUGUUAGUUACCAAACCAAAAUAACAUAGUUUUUGAAAUUUCCAUAUUAUUUAAACUAUGGCCAUGGAAUCUCUAUGUGGCAAAUUUUCCUCGAACUUGUUCCCACGUAAAUUACAAUUAGUCCUUUUUCCUUGCCCUUCAAGAAUGCCAAAACCAUUUGCAUAACAUUCAUUCUUUUAUUUGAAAUACCAGAUUCCUCUAUGUGGAAUUAAUUUCAAAUCCCCAAAAACAAACAACAAAGAUUAGGACAUCAGAAAUCCAACACAUAAUUUCAUAUAUUGAUAUAAAAUAAUAAAUAUAUAAUUAUACAUAUAUGGAUAUAUAUAAAUAAAUAAAACAAAAUACAUACAUUACAUUAUGAAUACAAUGCAUUGAUUGAUAUAUCAUCAUUAACACACAUACAAAACAAACAUAUAUAUAAAUAUAUAAAUAUUAUAAAAUAUUAUCUCUUAUAAAUAUCUCUCUCUACUCUUAUAUAAAUAUAGAAAUUAAAUUUAGUAAAACAAAGAAACCACUUUAAAAGUAGCUUUAGAUUUUUAACAAUUUAACAACAACAACAUCAACAAGAUGAAGACACACUCAAAGUAUAACAAAAGGAAAACAAUCACACAGACAUAACAAACUAAGAUGUUUCAAUGAAAUUGUUUAAAUAAAACAAAUUCUUGGAAAAGGAAACCACUUUGUUGGGUUAUGUCGUUGUGAUUUAUUUUUAGUUUUAUGAAAAUUUUUGCAAAAUCCAACUUAUAAUUGCCACACAAACAUAAAACCUCUCCCAAAUUUUGAUAAGAAACAACAAUUUAAUACACAUCCCUAGAAAUUAUAAAAAUUAACAACUUUGAUAUUGAAAGAAAAAUCAUAACACAUAAGAAAAGAUUUUCCUCUUUUGAGUUUCAAAUUUUAUGAAAUCUUAUCCCAGCACCCCUUUUUCUCGUCUAAAUACUGAAAGUGGAAAUUGUAUAUUUUUUUCUGUUUUAUAAACAAAGUAUUUUUAUAGAAAAACACAAACACUACCCCCAAAAUUUGUAUAUCUCUGUAAUUAAAUUAUUUAGCCAACCCAUAACUUUUCAUCCUACAAGUCAUGAAAAAUUUGUUAAUAUUUUUGUAAUUUUUGUAAAGAAAAAUAAAAGAAAUCCCCCAUUUUGUUUCCAUGGAGCAUUUUUAUGUAAAAAAAAACACAACAUUUCAUUCAGAAAUUUGAAAUCUUUGGACCCAUGGAAAUUGUGGAAUUAAACUGAAGACAUGUAUGUUUUGUAAAAUUGUCCCACAUUUGUUAAUGAUAUUUUCAAAAAACCCCAAACUUCAAGUGUCAAUCUCUCUAAAACAAACUACCUAUACUUUUUAUUUAAAAACUAAACAAAAUAGUCCUCGCUUUAUUAAAAAGAAAGAAUACUGUAACAAUACCAAUUCUAUUUAAAAGUCACUAUUCAAUUGUUUAUUUAUUUUAUUUUAACCUAACCUUACAUGCAAAGAAACUCAUUUAAUUUUAAUUAGAUUUUGGAUUUUACCCUCAUCGGGGAAAAAUCCAAUCUUAGAACUGCUCUUUAAAAUGAUUUUAAAUUAAGUUUUAUUAUUAUUAUUUUUUUUUAUUUAAUUAAUUUUCUUUAUGUCAUGUCAUUUUCUUUAACUAUAAGACAAAACCAUCAAAGAGAGAGGGUAUAAGAAGUUUUGCGCUUUGUUAGUUUUAAAAAAGAAUUAAUAAUUAUUAUUAAAAA